AUUUAUGAAUAUCCCUCGUUUUUAUUCUCUCACUAGCAGUUCGUGCCUGGCCACAACAAAGCCCCGCUGGAGCUCCUCCCAGAGUCAGAGGAGCAGAGGCUGACUCCGUUUCGCUGCUACUGCUGGAAACCUCGCAGAGCUUAAUAGAAAUGGCUCCGUUGUCGAUUUUAACACGAUGCUCUUCCUUAAAGAAAGUACCUAAACCAUCACUUCCUAACUCCUUCCACCGACGGCCAUUGAAGCACCUAAGCUCUCUCAAUGUUCCUUGCAGGCUUUUACCACUGCACACCACGAACAAUUUGCUUUCUCGCUUAUUUAGACCAUCACUUCUAAGGAUCAGAAGUGCUCAGGGAGAAGAUGCUGAAAAUUUUGAAGUUACAGCAGAAAGUUUGAAUGGACAAGAUACGGAUGCCAAUGAGAAAAUCAGAAAUCAGAAAAAUAAUCUUAGUGCUGAAGGAAACUCGUUUUUAUUAAUAUUAGCAAUUGCCGUGGGCGUAGCUGCUAUAAUUACAAUCACAUCAAUAGGUCUCAAACGGCCAAGUGUUGGAUCAUUCUUUGGUGUUCAAUUUCUGGCUGAAGGUUCAACAUCUUCAGCCUUGGCUUCAUCCCCUGUUGGUUUCACUUUUAAAGCCUUCGGAUACAGAAUCAUACUUCCUGAAUAUGCACCAGGGUGGAUAUAUUUUUGGUUACUCAUGGCUGCUGGUUGUGGACUGUUCAUCAGUGAGGAGGCUUUAAAUGUUUGGGUUGGCAUAACCUUAUCACGGUUGCUCUCAGUGGAUGGAACAUGGCAAUCUUUUGUUGAGUCGUUCUCCAGAAAUGCUCCAUAUAUAAUGUCCACAGUUUUCUGGGUGUACUGGGGAGUCUGUAUCAGUGAUAUGAUACCGUUCUACCUGGGAAAGUUUUUCACGGAAAGUGGGGCAACUGAUGAUGUUUGUUCAAAGCUAGGCAUUGGUGAAGAGAAGGUAUCGAGCAUCACACGUACUGUGCAACGAUAUGGAAAUCUGGCAGGCAUUGUGGAGCGGUUUUCACUUGGAGUAAGAAAUCCUACAGCUUUCCUAGCAGGGACCCUGGGUAUAUCUCCAGAGUUUUUCUUCGCUGGAGUUUGCUGUGGUGGCUUGAUAACCCUUCCUCUACAGCUCGGGAUUGGAUUUCUACUGAGGGAACGCCCUGUGGUUGCCCUUGCCACCGUCGCCACAGUAGUGGGGAUUUGGACCAUAUUUCCAUAUGCUCUGGCUGUUUUGACAGCACUGUUCCUUUAUAUUGGACGCCGCAACUCUACCUAGCAUUUUGUUGGUCAACCCAAUGCUCAGAAGUUUGGUAAGUGAAAUGUUAUUUAUAUGUGCACCCAUACUACUGUCAAUUGUAAUCUGAAUAGACUUUUAAUUAGUUGGGUGUAUAAACACUGCAGAUAAGGACUUUCCAGUUUUGCAAUAUCGGUUGAAAAUCAUCUCAUAGUUCUCUAUUUUUAACUUUUCCUUUGUAUGCUAGAUAUAAAGUUACCUUCUGCAUUUUUCUCCAAGAAGAAUGAUUUAUAGUUAAUUUAUUAGCUCUAAUACAAGAUAUUGUGCCAUCACAUUCUACCACAUGAUCUUGAAAUAGAACCCGGAAAAAAAAAAGGUCAGGGAGUCUAGGGAUGCCUCUAUUGAAGACCUCCAACAUUAAGUUGAUGUAGAAAUUUAGAGUCAUAAAAUAUUUAUUGUGAAAAUGCAUAAAAGAGAAAAGGAAAAAGAGAGAAAAGUGAGAGGAGAAGGAGACCCGUUUAUUAAGGUCUACUGAAAAAAAAAAAAAAACUU